AUGUCCAGCAUCCAAGAACAGCAAGCCUCGAAGCUCAAGAAGAACGACGUUUUCGGCACAGUCGCCGACAAACUCAAGUCCGCGUUCUCAAGCGAUGACAAGGACAGCGACGUCGCCGACGUAAAGUCCGACGACAUUGGCUUCAAGCCUACGGACCCCAGGGGCAAGGACGGCCGCGCAGUCGCAGAGAACGACAUAGACUCCGCAGACCACACAACGAGCCUGCCCACAAUGACUGGUGCUAGUGGUCAUCCCGCGAACUAA